UACGAUAUUACAUUCUAGAUAACAAAUUUAUUAGCUUGUUACCAAAAAAAAAAACAUUAAGUGGAUGUUCUAAAGAUCUGAUUUUAAGUACAAAUUGAUAAAUUGAAAAUAAGUGUAUUACGAGAAAGAGAGGAUUUCCCACAACAAAAAGUGAAUGGGUUAACUCAUUUAAAUAUUAGAAAAAUAGUUGACCGCACACAAAAUAUUAAAAUGGCCUAUGAUCAAAACAGUACAACAAAGGCCGAAUACAUAAUCCAGCAAUUAAAUGCAACUAACGCGAAGAAGGUUGCUCUUCUGCUUGUAAUCGGAUUUAUUUGUUAUCAUGGAUUAAUACAUCUAAGAUAUGGAACUGAUUCCUGUAAAUGGCUGUUAUCGGAUGGACGUUUUAAAGGCGAUAGGGAGUGGCAACCGUACGGCUGUAUGUUACACAAAUAUUCACUAACAGAUACACGCCGAUGUUUUCGCUAUUUAGCAUUUUGGGGGAUCCAAAACUACGUUGUUUUCAUUGGUGACACUCGCAUACGUCUUCUAUAUAAAUCGUUUCUACAGCACCUAGAACCUCACAUUGAAGAUAACGCCUCUAGCUUACCGGAUGAUCAACUAUCUAAUUUAGAAUUUUUCGACUACAAACUUCGAUUGCGUGUUAAUUACAUCUAUGCUAAUGAAGUCACCAAAACCAUGGUCAAUCAAUUUGCAAAAUGGGGUACCGAAGAUAAUGCACCGUCAGCAAUUAUUGCAAGCUGCACGUAUUCCGGCUUUUUUAAAGGGAAUGUUUCUGACGAGAUCAUAAACAAGUUUUCUUCGAAUUUAACUCGACUGGUUCGUCCUAUCGACGAUUUGACAAAGAAAAAAUCCAAAGUGUUGUGGAAGCUACAGGACUACAUCAAUGUAGAUGAUAAGGAAUUGGCCGAUGAAUGGAAAAAUAUACAGAACGAAGAUAUUGAUAAAUUCAACCAAGCAAUAAAUGAUAUACUUGGUUACUCGGACAUAAGGAUUUGGUCAUCGUCAAAAUUAAUUGCCCAUGGCCUUUUAUCGGAAAUAAAGAAUGGGUGGAAAUUGAGUCCGUUAGCCUUACAACACGACAUUCAAUUGUUGCUGAAUAUGUACUGCAACGAUUACAUGAACUAUAAUGAUGGUUCAUGUUGCAGCAGCGCAGAAUCCUACACAAUUUUACAAGUAGUAACUUAUGCCGUUUUCAGCGUAUGUUUGACACUUGCGAUGGGAAUGCUAUUAAAACGGUUCAUAUUACAUCUUCGUGGUAAUACUCUCUACAGUCGACUUCGUCAGAGUGAGACAUCACCGGACACUACUUCAGACAUUUCGCCGCCAAUAUUUGCCUUAUCAAUACUUGCUCUUAUUAUGGCAUAUUUCUAUUUAUGUGAUCGAACGAAUUUCUUCAUGAAAGAAAACAAAUACUACUCGGAAUUCAGUUUUUGGAUACCACUUGGCUAUGUGUUUGCGCUGGGACUAUUUUUUACGGAAGACAGUCGAUUCACAAAAGUACUUCAUCGGGACCAAACCAAUGAACUGAAAGGGUGGAUGAUUAUGGUAAUCCUAAUCUACAAUAUGACUGGUGCUGAUCGUAUAACACCCAUAUACAUGUAUAUCAAAGUCUUGAUCAGCGGAUAUUUGUUCUUGUCAGGAUACGGACACUUUACGUUCGUCUGGCACACCGGUAACACUGGAUUAACAAGAUUUCUACAAGUACUAUUUCGGUUGAAUUUCAUGACGAUCGUGCUGUGUUUAUGUAUGAACCGACCAUAUCAGUUCUAUUAUUUUGUUCCAUUGAUUUCGUUUUGGUUUUGUAUGAUUUAUUUUGUAUUGGCCAUGCCGCCACACAUAACCGCUUUGGACGUAGAAAACAAUCCGUAUCAGUAUUUAUAUCUGGUGCUAAAAUUCGUUUGCCUCAUGACGGUCAUUACAAUUUUGUAUAUGUCUGAGGUGUUUUUCGAACGAAUUUUUGUGACACGACCAUGGAAAGCAUUGUUUGUGACGACAGAUGAUGAUAUUCACGAAUGGUGGCACACAUGGAAAUUGGACCGAUACACCAUCUCUUAUGGAAUGGCAUUUGCAGCAAUUUUCCAUAUUUCCCAAAAGUACAAUCUCAUUGACGAUAACAAUUAUGGCAAUUUGUUUUCCCGGCGAGUUUCAUUAUUUGCAACAUUGGCCGGUGUUAUUAGUAUCGGCUUUUAUACGACAUUUUCGUUUUUGUGUCGAAACAAGCAAGAUUGCGAGGAAAUUCAUUCAUAUAUCGUGUUUGUGCCGAUAGUUGGCUAUAUCAUUCUGAGAAACAUCUCUGGCAUGCUGAGAACCCGAUUUUCAUCGUUCUUUGCAUGGUUCGGAAAAAUUUCGUUGGAACUCUUUAUUUGUCAGUAUCAUAUUUGGCUGGCAGCUGAUCGACAUGGAGUGUUAGUUUUAUUUCCAGGAUUUCCAAAUUUAAAUGUGAUAAUUUCAUCAUUUAUUUUUAUUUGUGCUUCUCACGAGGUGCAUAGACUGACUGAAGUGUUGUUACCAUACGUUGUCCCGGCAGAUUGGAAGUGUGCUUUACGUAAUUUCUUAAUUUUUUUACUUGUUCUGAUACCUAUUGGUCGCUACGACGGGAUGUUUUAGAGGCUAAAUGAAAUUAAGAUUUGAGUUAUAUCUGCUUAGGUUUCCAUAAAUUAUUUUUUUAUUUCAAAAUUAAACUAGAAAGUAUGUUUAAAAUAAAAUAAACAAAAGUCUGAAGAAAAA